GGCGAACAGCUGGAAAACAUCUGCAUGCUGGGUGGUGCGUUCACGGUCACACGGGAGAACAUAAGCUGGAAGCGUCCACCAUGUUGUGACCUCGUGUGAACCAGCGCUUCCUUUCACUUUGAUCGCCUGACCCCGACAACCAUCACGCCAUGUCCAGCGUCUCUCUCCCUCGCCAGAGGUCGUCGGCCAAUCCGGCGCCUUCUUACUGGCCGCUGCACUUCCUGCUGCUGGAGCUGCUGGUGCCGGGAAGCCUGCCCAGCAUGUCCAGACUGCCGGCCGCCACCAAGCGCGAGAUCCUCAUGGACGGCGACUUGGUGAUCGGCGGCCUCUUCCCGGUGCACCACAAGGGCGAAGGCACGGAGGACUGCGGGAAGAUCAACGAGGAGCGAGGCAUCCAGAGGCUGGAGGCCAUGUUGUUGGCGCUGGACGAGAUUAACGCCAGCGAUCGCAUUCUUCCUGGUCUCCAGCUGGGGGCGCACAUCCUGGACACCUGCUCCAAGGACACCUACGCUCUGGAGCAGUCCCUGGAUUUUGUCAGGGCGUCGCUCACCAAGGUGCACGACCCGGGUUUCAUCUGUCCCGAUGGCUCGCGGCCCGUCCAGAAUGAAGUCCCGCUGGCGAUAUCGGGGGUCAUUGGAGGGUCCUACAGCGACGUGUCCAUUCAGGUGGCCAACCUCCUGCGACUCUUCCAGAUCCCUCAGAUCAGCUACGCCUCCACCAGCGCCAAGCUGAGCGAUAAAUCCCGCUACGACUACUUUGCCCGCACCGUGCCCGCCGACUUUUACCAGGCCAAGGCCAUGGCGGAGAUCCUCCGUUAUUUCAACUGGACCUACGUCUCCACCGUGGCGUCAGAGGGCGACUACGGCGAGACGGGCAUCGACGCCUUCCAGCAGGAGGCCCGCUCUCGCCAGAUCUGCAUCGCCACCUCUGCCAAGGUGAGCCGCUCCAUGAACCGGCAGGGCUUUGAAAACGUGAUCCGCUCCCUGCAGCAGAAGUCCAACGCCAAGGUGGUCAUCCUGUUCACCCGCAGCGAAGACGCGCGGGAGCUCCUGGUGGCGGCUGCCCGCAUGAACGUGUCCUUCAUCUGGGUGGCCAGCGACGGCUGGGGGGCGCAGGAGAGCGUGGUGAGGGGCAGCGAGACGGCGGCGGACGGAGCGUUCACCAUCGAGCUGGCGUCUUAUCCCAUCAGGGAGUUCGAGGACUACUUCACCAAACUCAACCCGUACACCAACGCCAGGAACCCGUGGUUCAAAGAGUUCUGGGAGCACCGCUUCAGCUGCAGCCUCCAGCAGCACGGCUGCAGCGAGCGCAGCCUCAGAGACGGAACCUUUGAGCAGGAGUCCAAGAUCAUGUUUGUGGUCAAUGCGGUCUACGCCAUGGCCUACGCGCUGCACAACAUGAGGCAGGCCGUGUGCUCCAACACCUCCAAGGUGUGCGACGCCAUGAAGCCUGGCAACGGAAAACGCUUCUACAAGGAGUUCAUCCUGAAGACCAAGUUUGAAGCUCCGUUCCGGCCCGCCGAAACAGAGAACAUGGUGCGUUUCGACUCUGUGGGCGACAGCAUCAGCCGCUACAACAUCUUUCACUACCACAAAGAGGACGGGAAGUUCACCUACAGGAAAGUGGGCUACUGGGACCAGAACCUGACUCUGAACAACACGCUGGUCCACUGGCGGGGCCUGGUGCCGCCCACCUCCCAGUGCAGCGACCCCUGCAGGAAGAACGAGGUGAAAAGCAUGCAGCCCGGAGACGUUUGCUGCUGGAUCUGCAUCCCCUGUCAGCCCUACCAGCACCUGCAGGAUGAGUUCACCUGCGCCGAUUGCGGCUUCGGCCAGUGGCCUCUCGACAACCUGACCGGCUGCUACGACCUGCCGGAAGAGUACAUCCGCUGGGAGGACGCAUGGGCCAUCGGGCCCGUCACCAUCUCCUGCUUGGGAAUCAUGUGCACCCUGUCAGUGGUGGGGCUCUUCUUUAAGCACAACGAGACCCCCGUAGUGAAGGCGAGCGGCCGCGAGCUCUCCUACAUCCUCCUGCUGGGAGUCCUCAUGUGCUACAGCAUGACGUUCAUCUACAUCUCCAAACCUUCCACCGCCGUCUGCACCCUCCGCCGCCUGGGCCUGGGCACCUCCUUCGCCGUGUGCUACUCGGCCCUCCUCACCAAGACCAACCGCAUCGCUCGCAUCUUCAGCGGCGUGAAGGAAGGCGCCCAGCGGCCUCGCUUCAUCAGCCCGGCCUCCCAGGUGGCCAUCUGCGGCGCCCUCAUCUCCUGCCAGCUGCUGGUGGCCGUCGUCUGGCUCCUGGUGGAGGUGCCCGGCGUUAGGAAGGAGGCGAGCCCCGACAGGAGAGACGUGGUCACCCUCAAGUGCAACAGCAGAGACUCCAGCAUGCUCCUGUCGCUCACCUACAACUGCAUCCUCAUCGUCCUCUGCACCGUCUACGCCUUCAAGACGCGCAAGUGCCCGGAGAACUUCAACGAGGCCAAGUUCAUCGGCUUCACCAUGUACACCACCUGCAUCAUCUGGCUCGCCUUCCAGCCCAUCUUCUACGUCACGGCCAGCGACUACAGGGUGCAGACCACCACCAUGUGCAUCUCGGUCAGUCUGAGCGGCUCGGUGGUUCUGGGCUGCCUCUUCGCUCCUAAGAUCCACAUCAUCCUGUUCCAGCCUCAGAAGAACGUGUCCACGCUGCGGGUCACAACCAACCGCUUCAGUGCCACCGUGUCGGCCUCGGCCUCCGCCUCCGCCUCCGCCUCCGCCCCCAGCUCCAGUUACUCCAAAGGGUCGGCUUCAAACUACGUGCCGGCGGUUUGUAACGGCCGUGAGGUGCUGGAUUCCACAACUUCCUCUUUGUGAGAACGUUCCGCUGUCCUCAGUGAGGCCAGGUCGCCAUGGCGUGCAGCACAAGUUGGGAUGGGAAAUUUGUGUCUUAUUUUGCAACCCAAAAAUGAUUUGCGACCGAAAAAAUAUUUCAAAAAAUGCAAUAAAAUAAAAGUGGAUUCAAAAUUGACAGUUAUUUUCGAAGAAAAAAAUAUUUUGGUUGCAAAUCAUUUAUUUUAUUGUUACAAAUACUUUUAUUUGGUAAUGAAUCUUUUUCUUUUGUUAUUAUAAACCUUUUUUUGGUUAUAAAUAUGUUUUUUUGUUGCGACUCAUUUUUUGUGUUAUAAAUCU